GGCUGCAGUUUGAUGGCUCUUUUAUUUUGCUGAAUAAACUAGCAACUUAAUAGUGCUUUGGAUGGCAACUAGAUAUCACGUGCCGGCUAGUUUAUUUUGUUCUGCUAUUCUUGCUUCAGUUCAACACUCGCUUGUACCUGCACCGCAGAUGGCCAACAGCAAACCAUCGGCAGAAAGAUUCAGUAGCUACUAUUCCACCACGUGCAGCAGCAGACUGUACUCAAAGCUUGCUAAACCUGUAGACUCAUCACGUACAGUACUUGUCAUUCCAUGUUGCCGGAGUCUUCUGUUCAACCUCUUGUAGUCAUUCAUUUAUCACUCAGCCUAUAAAAUUCCGGGUAUAGAUUUCAAUAAUUACACUUGUAGUUUAUCCGUCUUCCCAGUGUCGCACCAUAACUUGUGGCCUCCAGACAGCUCCUGCGCUCACCUCAACCUAAAACAAUGCAAAAAAAAAAAAAUAAAUAAAUAAAUAAAAAAAAUAAUAAUAAUGCCCAAAUCACGCGGAAAUUUCAAAUUAUUGCUGAGUUCCCUUGGUCCCUGAUGGUUCGGCGCGCUGUCCCUCCCCACCCCACGCGGCCGGGAGAGUGGGUCUGUUUCCCGCGUGCAACUGUCCGUUUCGUGCCAGUAUCCUGUUGCUUCUCAACUUCAGCGAAUGGCUACUGUAGCCCCCAGUCGAUACUAUUCUGUUACUUGUCUUAAACGCUGAGGAGUUCUGUAUUUGAGUUUGUUUUGGCCCCUCUUCACCCUCCCUGUUUCUCUUGCUCAAGCUGCUGUGAUUAUUGUGAGUCGUUAUGCUUCUCUUGUGUGGCACGUAGCGUGAGUGUCGUGCUGGCCACCUUGCCUGCUUGCUGUCUCAGGUGGAGCUCUGGCCCUAAGUCCGGUAGUUACCUUCUAUUGAUCACCAGCCUGUUUUUCAUUCACUGCACGUAGCAGCUAAACGAUGUCAGUGUUCUAAAUUUUUUCCCUCGUGAAUUAGAGAUAGCAGUCUCAUGUGUCUCCUUUUACAAGUCAGUGUUAUUUUUUCAAGUAAUUGAGAGUAAUGACUGUGAAUAAAUAGCCCCUCGCCCACUCAGUCCUCUUCAUCCUGACUUCAUAUGCUGCGAUUAGGCAGGCAAGCGUUGGGGCGCCGACUCGCGCCACCAUCCAGCGGACACAGCUCGGGAGGGCCGCCCAGCACAUGUGGCCAAUGGCUCACCAAGGGCGUAUUAGCGUGAGUGGAGGUGAAGGUUCCGCAGUUUGUCUUUCUUCCUCUAAAGUAUGAUUCUGACUCUUGUCUUCAGAGCCACGUACAUCUCUAUUAUGGAAGGCCUGUAUUAGCUGGCUAUUGGGAUGCGGGGCCCGCCAGGCCCAAAGAACGCAUUUAAUAAGCUUACAUUUUCAGGGCUUACUAUUUAUUUGUCAUUAGUCCGUUAUAAAUUGUUAACAAGUGUUACUGCAUAUCAUUACAAUGAUAGCCACAGCGAAACACCACGUCAUAAGAAUAAGAACUUAAUGCGACAAGCAGAGACGAGGAAUGAGGAAGGCCAAAGCUCUGUCAAUAUUUGAUUCGUCAGACAUUCAUUUAAUUUUUUUUUUUCAAAUCUCGAAAUUUUACUCACUGAUGCUCCCAACAGAAACUUUAAGAAGACUUUUUUUUGUUCUAACUGAUCAGAACUCCUCAGUCACGAUUGGGUGCAGGAGCCCACACCGGCAGUGGUGUCUGCUGCCCCUCGCGGUGAACAGGGCCUUUGUUGUAGUGACUCAUUCAGCUUGAACCAGGACGACAGCGGCAACUGGUGGUGACUCGUGUGUUACGGUGCAGGGACGAGUGAGUGUGUUUGGGGUGUGGCAGGGCAGGGCAGGGCAGGGGGCUCAGAUAGGGAAGGGUCUGGUAUGGGGGAACCUUCAGAGUAACCACUGUCACUGCAAGGGCAACUGUUUAGUUAAUUGCUGAAUAUUCGUCAAUGAAGAUGAAUCCUAACAAGAGAAAACGAUGCAUUGUAUUCAAGAGCUGCCUUAACACACCUAGGACCAGGUAAGGACAUCUUCAGUGACGGCUUCGCGUCCCCCGUGGAGCCUGAGAUGGAUCCAUACCGCAGUCCCUACAUGAAUGACUACCAUUCCCACCCAUCACUGGGCCGCUCCCCGGGAGGCAGCAUGAGUCCUCCGCGUCACUCCCAGGGACGGCCUUCCCGCAGCUCCUCCCCAGUGUCUCGCCAGCACUAUAACACCCCUGGUCGCGGCUCGCCCAUGGGUCGUUCGCCGAGGGAGGACAGAGGGUCGCCGCCACAUCACGACUACAACAGCCGCUCCGCUCCACACACCUCGGAGUCUCAUUCCUACAGGAGAGGGGACGCCUCGCCGCCGUACUAUCGCAGGAACCUCCCAGUCCAGCACGAGGAGAACGGAAGUGCUCCGAGGAGAUCAAAGGCCGGGGUGCCGCGGCCCACCAAGGUGAAGCGCUUCCUCCUUACUCGUGACCCCAAGGAUCGCAGGAUAUCAGGAAACGGUCUCGGCAUGAAGGUGGUGGGCGGAAAGGAGAUUCCUGGUACUCGUGGGCGGCUCGGGGCUUACAUCGCCCGCCUGCAUCCUGGAGGCGUGGCCGAAUCUCUGGGGCAGCUCAAGGAGGGAGACUUGCUGCUGGAGUGGAACGGUGUGUCCCUGGUGGACAGGACAUACGAGGAGGUGCAGAGCAUUGUAACGCAUUCUGUGGACGAUCUGGAGGUGGAGAUAGUGGUGCGCAGUGAUAUCAACAUGAUCACCGGGGAGCGACUGACUGGCGACAAAUGGCAAGGUCGGGAGAGGGAAAGGGGAGUGUCAGCCUCCACUAACAACUCCAGCCACCACGCCAGUCCUCAACGUCGCUCUGACCCACCGAUAGAUGAUCCACUCGACAUCAACGGGAAUCGGUCGAGUUCUGAAGGUCCUUUAAACGACACAACAGGAAGCAACUCUCAGGAGACAGUCUUCGGGAAUGACAGCCACGGGUAUGAGAGGGAGCGAGAGGGGACGAGACUGGAGGCUCUUGGAGACUCAUCCCACCCAGCCAGUCCCCGCGCUCGCUCCUCUUCCAGGCCCCGCUAUGCCAGCAACAGCCCCGAUGCCAGAUCCCGACGCCCGAGCAGCCCCGGAGCAGAGAGACCAACUAACCGUGACCUUCGACGCGUUAACGAUGUUGGGACAUCCGGCGAGAAUGCCCAUCUGUCUGACCGAGGCUCUCCAGUCCCUCACACACCCAGGGAGCGACGCCCCCACAACUCCAGAAACAGAGCCCCUCCCGAGGCAUCAUCAAGGGAGAUCACAGCUGAGGGCGGGAGAGUCACCUCUGAAAGACCAGCCAGGCACCGUAGCAGCUCAGCAGGCGGCAGCCGGCGGCUGCCAGACCCAAGGCAGACCAAGGGAGCGGGCGCGACGACGGGAACGAUGACAGCGGUGGCGGCGGCGACGACACCGACAGCAAGAAAUCAAGAGCAGGCGAUGGGCGAGGUGCAGCUGCAGGUGUGCUACGACUCCCAGGCUGGCAUCCUGUACGUGACGGUGCUGCGCGCGCGUGGACUCCACACAGUGCGGGAGGACGGUGAUACCCGCCCGGACCCAUUCAUAAAGGUGUACCUUCUGCCUGGCCGCAGCGUGGAGAACCAGAGGCGGACGCGUUACUUCUCUCUGACCAGCAACCCUGAGUGGAACCAGACCAUGGUGUACCCAAACCUGCAGCCUGCGGAUCUCGCCAAGCGCCACCUGGAGGUCACCGCCUGGAAUUAUCAGCCAGACAGACCUAACGAAUAUCUGGGCGAGGUUGUGCUGGACCUGUCUGAGCUGAGCCUGAUGGACGAGGAGCUCCGGUGGUAUCAGCUGCAGGAGUUGGACCGCGAGGAGCUUCCCGAACAUUUACCAGAAUGAGAGGCUGGCGGCAGUGAGCGACAAGGGACGUCAGCGCGGCCACCACGACCCACGGCACUUCUUUCCUGUUGAGCGUUAAUGCCUGAAAGAAGAGAACUAAAUAUACAUGUUCUAGAAUGGUGCUUCUUCACACUUGCAGGUGAAGAGGUGUACUGUAACUAUUAUAUGGAAUAAAAGCCAGUGUCAUCCACACUGGGUAAAUUAGGAAAGGUGUAGUAAAGACUGGAGAAGUUGAAACAGUAUAUUGUACAUGACAUGACAAAAAAGACUGAAGGAUGUGCGUGUAGAGGUGGAAGUUCUUGUUAAUCGUCCUUCUUCCCUCACUUGCAUACACGUGUUGUGCUGCAAGGUUCCCUCAACACUGCACUUGCCGUCGCUGUACCAUUUUCUCAGCGCCGCCCUGCCCCAGCCUCGUGCCCCGAACGGUGCCGUGAGUGCGUUCACCAGGCGGCUACUUUGUGUCUCCUUCACCAGUCCGACCCUCACUCGGCCCGUCAUGACAGUUGCUCGUCGAGGGAAUACAUCCCGCCCUUAAGUUCAUUCAUACUGAGAUGUUAAAUACUGUUAAAUGUUCAGAGGCUCGUGAUGUUUGCUUUUUGCCACACUGUAACUCACUGUGUUGGGGACCAAAGUGGCGGAACCACACGGCCGCCCCUCCCAGCCCAGCCUUCCCUCCCAGGCCAGGAGUCGUGGUGGUGGACGGCAGUGGCCACCACCACCUGCCUCACCGCCCCUGGCCGAGUGUCCUCCAUAACCUGCCUGCAAAGCUUUACGAAUUAGAUCAUUCCGCUCAUAGAGGAAAUGAAUUGUACAAACUUUUUAUGUUUCUGGAAUGAGCAUGUAGAUGGAAAAUACCAUCAGUGGUUAAUAUGUUUGAAAUCAUAUAUAGAAAUUAAUAGAUCUUAUUGAAGGAGCAUGCCAAUUAAUGUUGAAAAUGUUUGGAGUUUAAAUGUGAAAGAAACUUGUGAUAGUUGUCAGGAAAGUGUUUUGUCGGUCCUGUAGACACAAGAACACUGCGUCAGGUGAUGUUUUUUUUCUUGUCCAAAUGAAUGGCGCAACAGAACCUUGAGGCUGUGACUGAUUUGUCAGUCAGUCACAGCUUCUCGCUCGUCUUAGUUUUAAGCCUUGGAUUAUUUUGUGUCAGACUCAGGUCAAAGAGUAACCCGCCGUACCCGCCCAUGUAGAGCAGAGCAGGGCGUGUGGUGUGUGCCCCCAUGCAUUCUGUGGCGCCAGUGUUGAGUCUCCUUAUGGCGGUCACCCCAGUGGUGCCCUCACUCAGCUGGGCGGGGCAGCUAAGGGCAGAUACCCGACCCUCACACCUUUCUCCCCUAUCCUGGACACCAGCCUAUGUACGUACGUGGCAGGUGCACCCAAAGGGAUCAUUAUAAUAGGUGAAUGCAUUUGUGAGCAUUAGUCUUAACUUGAUAGGUUUGUGGAAUGUCUUGUAAACGUUGGGAAUGUUAUGUCACAUUUGUACAGGGAGUGAUGAGGGGUUUCAAUAAGAAUUUCAUCAUCCUUUCUCAGUAUCUCUCUCUCUCUCUCUCUCUCUCUCUCUCUCUCUCUCUCUCUCUCUCUCUCUCUCUCUCUCUCUCUCUCUCUCUCUCUCUCUCUCUCUCUCUCUCUCUCUCUCUCUCUUUCUCUCUCUCUCUCUCUCUCUCACACACACACACAGACAAGAUAAGAUUACUUAGCAAUGCAUUCCUAUUACACCUUUCGACACAGCAUUCUUGGCCAUUGUUAAGUGUUUCCACAGCCUACACAACGUAGAAUUAAUGCUCUGAAGUGUUGAGUGUGAGAAUGACCUUGGUAUGCCUCCUAUAUCUUGUGUGUUGUAUAGUGAGGUGUAUGUCCGUGGUGAUGUAGGGUCUUGGUGUAGCCUUGUGAAUAUAUUGGGAGCGGGCACGAGCCUCGCCUCACCUUUCUGACACAAGGAGGGAAGUCAGAAGAUUAUUAUAUAUGUAUGUAUAUGUAUUACCACGUUCCCUUAACUCGAUGACAAAACCAGCAAGCAUUAUAUGGAUCAUGUAAGGCUUUCUGCUGUGUAAUGUGUGUUAUUUUGUGGUAAUAAUCAAAAUUUAGUGUGAGAGUGUGUGGUGCACGUGUGUUCUUUUCUCCUUGAAUGUCCUCGGUGUCCAACUCACUCGUUGCCUAAUAUCACAGGAGACUGAAUUUUGAUGUUUUGUUCACGCAAGUUCAUGGAGUUGAGGACGUGGUGGAGCUCAGGUGCUGAACAUGUACUAGUGCGAGGUGUUCAGUCAACGUAGCAAUGUAUCUAUCUGGUUGACAAGUUGUAUAUUUUGUUUGACGCAGAGGGGCAGCAGUAACUCAUCUAUGAGAGACCCGCAAGCCUUCCCCCCACGACACAGAAGGUCCAGAACGUGCUGCUUGAUGACAAGGCGCACGGCACUCGCACCAACUUUUUUGUGCUGAAUGUUGUAGCCGCCAGCCACCGCAUUUGUUGUACUGAAUGGCGUGCGGUGGAUUGUUACUGAGAAAAUAUUUGUAGGAUAGUCGACUACUUAUACCUUGUUCCUGGUGUGAAAUCUAAUUCUAUGAGUUGAGUUAGUUGCAUUUUGUAUGAGUUCAGUAACUCAGUGGUUGUUUUCAUCAUGGUUGUGUUUGCAAUACUGCUUCACUUUUGGUGGUUUGGUGCCGCGGGAGUGCGAGGCGAGACUGGGCAUGUCUGUGACAAGGUCAAGUGUUCACCAUCCAUCACUUCCUCGUCACGUGCUUGGUUUUGGUGUGGUACUCUGUGGUGGCUUUUCUUUACGUUCUAAGGUCACUGCGUGUCCUCCCUUCUGUGUCAAAGUCUUGUGAUGGUGAAAAACUUUGUCGAGAUUUUGUCCGCGAUCACCUUGAUAAUCCUUUCGUGGCAAGUCCUGAUCCCUGUCUUCCAUGGUCGGUGCGGCGUCGCCCUGGAGCGUCUGAGGAGUAAAUACCACAUUGUUAACUCACGCACAGCGAGCCUCGGCCUCCAGGGUGGACACCUCAGGCUGCCGGUGCGGGCAUGGUUCACUCUUCUGCCAAGGUGUCCACUGCCUCCCACGGAAGUGUUAGUCUUACGCCAAAAAGAAAUUACAAGACAGAUUUCAGGGACGGUUUUCUUCCGGUAUGAUUCCUAUCUCUCACCUCAUAGUAAUCAAUGUGUGUGUUGUCUUAGCUUGUCCAGUAUAUAUGUUGUAAUUGGGUAGUUACUCGCCUGAGUUGAUUUGUGUUGCUUUGCCAGGAAAGCAAGUAAUUUUGCUACACUAAGUCAUUUAUAUAAUUUCUCGGCUACUACGUAGCAGUAUGAACAUUCCCCAGCGGAGCCUGGCAGCGGAGAGCUGUCUGAUGGGGCGAUAAGAGCGCGCCGGACAUGACGGUCUUACCUUUCCCGCAAGGACUUAUCAAGACCUUGUGAGUAAAGAUAAUGGAGAAGAGAUGAAGGAACUACCAAGGGAUGCGUUCAUGAAAGAUAAAUACAAAGAUUGGGCGUUAUUUAAUUUCAUGUGUCAGAAAGAUUAACUCAGGAAAACCGGAAAGUAAAAAUAAUAACCUGAUCAAAUGCCAUUCACAAAAAUAAGUGUAGAAAAAUUAAAGAUAAAGCUAAUGAAUUUUCCUGAGGUGUCCUGACACUUUUUUCUUGAAACAGGUUGGAGGAAAUAGAAAAAUAAAGAUAGAGGAACAAGAGUUUGUAUCCAGACACAAGGAGAUUCAACUCACACAGUCCUCUUAGAUGUAAUGGAAUCAGAAGCUUUACUUCUCAUCGAUUCCUACCAUGUGUAGUGGGUUGUACAGAUUUUCACACCUGCGAUGCUGCGAUACCAUUUUUAUCUCCAAAUCUUGUUAAAUUUUGCACGGUUAUUGCUCCUCUGAACAUGAUAAAUACUUGCCCCGCAUCCUCUUGCAGUGUCGCUGCACAAGACUUUCUACCUGAAUUUCUUUGACCCCUACGUAUUCUCCCUAUCUUACUAAUGCUAAUGUUGAUCAGUAUAUUUGGUCUUUUAGUCCUCUAAUCUUUAUGAGUGUUUUUUUUUUUUUUUUUGCUUGCCUCCGACUUAGAGGGUUUUAUGAGAGAAAAGUCAAGACACCCCCAUGUACUUCAAUUGCCAUUCUUCUCUUGAUUCCCCUCGCCCUGUUUCUUUUUGAGAGCGGCGUUUUGAUCAAGUAUCUUUUUAAAUUGAUUUUUUGCACUUGGCCAGUUUUAAUGUACACACACACACACACACACACACACACACACACACACACACACACACACAC